ACAUCUGGCCCGCAGGCCAUGAGUUUGACAUCCCUUCCUUAGAUAGUGGAAACUGUGACAAUAUUGGUAUUAUUUAUGAGAGAAGAAUGACUAAAUCCACUGUUCUUUCUUUUGUCCUAAUAGGAGUUUCCACUUAAAAAGAUUGUUAGAGGAUAACAAAGGAUAAUGAUGAAUUCCAGUCUGGGAAGUGUGGAUGCUACACAGAACUAUUAUAGGUAUAACAAUACCAGUGACUCAUAUAAGUACAAAGAAGAGAUCAACCUUUCUCAAUUAGGGUGGAUUCUUUGGACAAGCAUUACUUUAAUUACCUGUUGUAUUGGGUUUGUGGGCAAUGGCUACAUCGUCUGGCUACUUGGCUUCCAGAUUAACAGAAACUGUUUCACCACAUUCAUCCUUAAUUUAGCCAUUGCAGAUUUUGGGUACCUUGCAUCUGUAUUUAUAUAUAGUAUCCCUCCAUUUACUGAUUUUCAAGGAAGCGGUAUUUUCUACAUCUUCUGGAUCUAUUUCAUCCACAUGAUGUACAUCAGUGCAAACUUUCUUCUGACGGCCAUCAGCAUCGAUCGAUGUGUGGUUGUCCUCUUCCCAAUCUGGCAUCGCUGUUCCCGGCCAAAACAUUUGUCCUCGACAGUGUGUAUCCUCCUGUGGACCUCUUCUUUCCUCCUGAGUGGAAUUAUGAGUAUUAUGAAAAUCUUUGGAAAUUACAGUCUCCUCAAUUUCCAUUUCCUUGUGACUGCUGUAGUUUGCCUUCCAUUGAUCACACUCUCUACCGUGAUCCUUUUCAUCCAAGUGUGUCUUAAAUUGAAACAAAAGAAUCAGGGACGGCUUUUACUGAUGAUUUUAAUUACUCUUCUCUGUUUCCUCAUCCUUGCUUUUCCAUUAAGUGUCUUUGCGGUGAUUAGUAGUUUUUCUAGUAGCGAAGCUGAUGAUCAACUGGAACAUUGGGUUAUGUGUAGUAUAUUGUUUUCCUGCCUAAACAGCAGUAUUAAUCCAGUGAUCUACUUUCUAGUUGGGAGAAAAAAAGGAGCUCAGUCCAAGGAGAGCAUGAAGGUCAUCUUGCAAAAGGUCUUCAAAGAAGGUGAAGCUACUGGAGGGGGAUAG